GCAGAGAGGCUCCGCUACAAGAGGGAGGGCGCUGCAUUCGCGACCGAACUGACCUCACACCCCUCUGACGUUUGUGUGUAGUGUACUUUGUACCGCACCCAGCCGGACUCCGCAGCUGAUCCAAUCCAUUGAGAUCUCUGCCUCAGUGACUUUGUCCUCGUUCAGCUGAUCGCAACACCAUGGCUCUUUCAUCACGACUUGCCGCCGGCCUCAGAGGCUUCGUCGCAACACGUGGCAUCCAACAAAACCUGAGAUUCGCGAGUUCUGUAGAUAUCCCCAAGUACGAGUAUGUGGAAGCAUCACUUGCAGGAGAAAAGAAGAAUGUUGGUCUUAUCCGCCUGAACCGACCCAAGGCUCUUAAUGCACUAUGCGACGCAUUGGUGGCUGAUUUGGCAAAGGCUGUGAAACUCAUGGACAAAACUCCUGGUAUUGGUGCGAUUGUCAUAACUGGAAGCGAAAAAGCUUUUGCUGCAGGUGCUGACAUUAAAGAAAUGAAGGAUACCACUUUUGCUUCUAACAUCACCUGUGGACUGUUACAAGAAUGGCAGGAAAUCUCAAAAUGCUCAAAACCCGUCAUUGCUGCUGUUAACGGCUAUGCUUUGGGUGGUGGUUGUGAACUGGCUAUGAUGUGCGAUAUCAUUUAUGCUGGUGACAAGGCCCGGUUUGGCCAGCCUGAGGUGUCCAUUGGAACCAUCCCUGGUGCAGGUGGCACCCAACGCAUUGCUCGCUCAUGUGGCAAGUCCAAAGCCAUGGAAAUUUGUCUCAGUGGAAACCAAUUCUCUGCCGAGGAGGCAGAGAAAAUGGGCUUGGUGAGCAAAAUAUUCCCUGCUGAUAAACUAGUAGAUGAAGCCGUCAAGCUUGGUGAGAAGAUCUCUUCACACUCUCCUCUUAUUAUUGCAUUGUGCAAGGAGUCUGUUAACAAAGCCUUUGAAACCUCACUUGCUGAAGGACUUAGCUUUGAGAAACGUAUUUUCCAUGCCACAUUUUCCACUAAGGACCAGCAAGAAGGCAUGGAUGCCUUUGUUGAGAAGCGAGCUCCCAAAUGGACCAGUACCUAAAUAUUGAACUUGUACCUGAUUAUUGGCAUUUCAUGCCACUGUUAAGACUGUACCAUUUUCCACUGUUUGUGCCAUAUGUGACAUCCAAUGUAUUACUCCCCAUGUGUAUGUUGUGUAUAACUUUAUCAUUUUGAAAACUUGUUGUAUUGUUCUCUAAUAUUGUGAAUUUUAUUUUUAUACUAUGUUAAACUCUGUUUUUACAUCUCAGUUGGUCAAUGUGAAUGUGCAAAAUUGUCACAAUUAAAAUUGUCUGCAUUUUUA